UCCACCAGAGAGACGCAGCGGCAUCCUCGUGUAUCCGACAAGGAGAGCCCACAGCCGGGCAGCAGAGUUCACGGAACAGCGGCAGAAUGCGGUGCCACAAGUUUUGGGGUGCAUGUUCGUUUGGAUUUUAUAUUUGGACAGCUAUGCUUUUUAAAGGUUCCUUGCAGGGGGAACACCAGAGGAAGCUCUACAAGCAGCUGCUGGCCAACUACAAUCGCUUAGAGAGACCUGUUGUUAAUGAUUCAGCUCCUAUUCUGGUGGAACUGGGCCUCACUCUCCUACAGAUUAUAGAUGUGGAUGAGAAAAACCAAGUGCUAAUGACCAAUGCGUGGCUGCAGCUGUACUGGACAGAUGUCUACUUGAGCUGGAAUGCAGAGAAUUACCCCGGUGUCCAGAACCUGCGAUUCCCUUCAGACCAGAUCUGGACGCCUGACAUCCUUCUUUACAACAGUGCGGAUGAGCGCUUUGAUGCCACAUUUCACACCAAUGUCCUGGUGAACGCUUCAGGUCACUGCCAGUACAUCCCCCCAGGCAUCCUGAAGAGCACCUGUUACAUCGAUGUGCGUUGGUUCCCCUUUGAUGUGCAGAAGUGUGACUUAAAGUUUGGCUCCUGGACUCACAACGGCUGGCUUCUAGACCUCCAGAUGCUCGAUGUGGACACAUCCACUUAUAUCCCCAACGGCGAGUGGGACCUUGUGGGUGUGCCAGCCAAGCGUAACGAGCUGUAUUACGAGUGCUGUAAGGAGCCCUAUCCUGAUGUGACCUUCACAGUCACCAUGCGCCGCAGGACUCUUUAUUACGGCCUAAAUCUGCUCAUUCCCUGCGUGCUGAUCUCUGGCUUGGCCUUGCUGGUCUUCCUCCUACCAGCUGACUCUGGAGAAAAGAUCUCCCUGGGCAUCACUGUGCUGCUUUCGCUAACUGUCUUCAUGCUUCUGGUGGCAGAGAUUAUGCCUGCCACAUCUGACUCUGUGCCUCUUAUCGCUCAGUACUUUGCCAGCACAAUGAUGAUCGUGGGAAUGUCUGUGGUGGUGACUGUCAUAGUCCUGCAGUUUCACCAUCAUGACCCUCAUGGAGGCAAGAUGCCCAAGUGGGUUCGGGUGGUUCUGUUGAACUGGUGUGCUUGGUUCCUCCGUAUGAAGCAACCUGGCGAUGAGCGCAAGAGGCCCCGGUACAAGUACCGCCACGGCUCUCACCACCACUCCGGCACCAGCUCCAUCGAGAUGGGCACUAUGCCGAGCCUCGCCGUGCCUCUGUCUCAGGCGUCAUGCCCACCCUGCCCGACGGGCACCUCCAACGGUUCCAUGAGUCUCUACUUUAGCAAUCACCAUUCCAUGGAGAGCCCACACUGCCCGCCUUCCAGCGACUCAGGGGUUACGCUGGGCGGACGCACUCACGGAUCCCCGGUUGAUGAUGCUGAGCCACCUGGAGGAGUCGGUGGGAGUGUUGGAAGUCUUGGAAUGGGAGUUGGCAUCCCCCCACCAGAGAUCCUGCGCAUCUUGGAGGAGGUGUUGUACAUUGCCCAGAGGUUCCGGGACCAGGACGAAGCGGAGGCUAUCUGCAGUGAGUGGAAGUUUGCCGCUGCUGUAGUGGACCGGCUGUGUCUGGUGGCCUUCUCCCUCUUCUCCAUCAUUUGCACUUUCACCAUCCUCAUGUCAGCUCCCAACUUCAUCGAGGCUGUUUCCAAGGACUUCACAUAACUGGCUGCUGAAAGACAUGGAGAAGGAAGGAGGUGUAAAUAAUCAGACAUUAAAGAGAAUGAGAGUUGGGAAGGAGAUCACAAACACUAAAGAGUGUAUUAAAGGUGGGCUUGUCACAUUUCAGAAAAAUUACGUUUUCUUCAUAAACUGGUUGUAAAUAAAUAACAAAGAACUUUUAAAUAAUGUGAACACAUUAACAAAUCAGGAGAGAUAAACAAAUUAAAAGCCUGUGAUUAAAAAGUUAUUGUGUGUAAGAAAGAGAAAUAAAAUUUAUUUGUUUGCAAACUGUAAAUCUUACAUUUAAGAGCAAUAUUGACACAAGGAAUUAUUUUCUAAACGCCUAGAUUUAUUUUUAAUAUCAUGAACUUAGAGAGAAGUGGCGGUAGCUUUAAAAAUUGUAUAAAACUAAUAAUGGACAGUAAGUGACACAUUUUCCUGCUAAUGAUAUUAUUUGGCAUUCCUACCACCAAACUCAAAUAUUAAGAAUAGAUCCUUGACUGGAAAUCACAGAUUGCGCAUGUUCAGAAAAGCUUGCGGGUGCUAAAUUAUAGUAACCCGGAGAAGCAAAGGGAAGUAAAAGCCAGAUUUGCUCCGAAAACAUUUAAAGGAGGUAUUAUGCAUGAAUAUAGGGGAAAGUCUACUGAUACUAUCAUACAUUUAUGCAAAUUACUGCUAGAGCAAAUAUACAGGUCUUUCUGAACACCAGAGCUUUUUGCCUUCAGUAGAUUGCACAGGAAAAAAUACCAACUGCUUAAAACUGGCCUGUAAUUUUGGUGCAAGAAAGGAAAAAAAAAAAAAGAAAGCAACUUGCAGCACAGCUGGAUUUACAAACAAAUUGUCCAAGGACCCGAUAUUUUUGCAAGUAUUUUUUUCCUAAUCAAAAAAAUUGCCCCCUGUGAUUGAGGGGUGAGAAUGGACAGGUUUAGAUGAGGGUUGGGUGGAAAUCAAUUCUCCAUUAUAAAAAUGGGUGAUUGUAAAGAGUGCUUAGACUUUCCAUUUUUAAAACCAGAAUCCAAACUGUGAUUACAAUAUAUUCCAACAAAGGCUUUACAUAGAGAGUUUUAUUAUCAAAAAUGGAAUCCAACUAACCUUGUAAAGACAAUCUGUCUGGAUCAUGCAGCUAAGGCAGUCCCAUUCAACAAGUAAAAUUCACAUUUUUAUUUUCAGUCAAUGCUUUUCAUCUCAGACUGAAUCAGUUAAGUAGAUAUAUCUUUACACUGUCUUUUAAAAUCUGCAUCAGCUACUGAUAUAGAAACCAUUCCUACUUUAUCCAUUACGAUAAUGUUUCUAAGGUUUUGAUCAUGACCUGAAGUUCUCUGGUAAUUAAAAUAUCAACCUGUUAAAUCACUUCUGCACCU